AUGUGGGAGUUCCGCUCUAUGAUCUUCUGGCGGGCGGUGUUCGCCGAGUUUUUCGGCACCAUGUUCUUCGUCUUCUUCGGGAUGGGCGCAGCGCUACGCUGGACCUCUGGGCCGUACCACGUCUUCCACACCGCCCUCUGCUUCGGCUUCGCUGCUGCCACGCUAAUCCAAUCCAUCGGUCACAUCAGCGGAGGACACAUCAAUCCGGCCGUCACCUUCGCCUACUUAGUCGGCUCUCAGAUGUCCUUUUUCCGAGCUUUCUUCUACAUCUGCGCUCAGUGCCUGGGGGCCAUGGCAGGAGCCGCGGCCCUGUAUGGAGUUACACCCAACAACAUGAGAGGCACACUGGCACUUAACACGCUGCAGCCUGGCAUGAGUCUCGGCAUGGCGACUACAGUGGAGGUGUUUCUCACCAUGCAGUUGGUGGUUUGCGUUUUCGCCGUCACAGACGAGAGACGAAACGGCCGUCUGGGUUCUGCCGCUCUGUCUAUUGGCUUCUCUAUCACCAUGGGCCACCUGAUGGGAAUGUACUACACCGGAGCUGGCAUGAACCCAGCUAGAUCCUUCGCUCCUGCUGUUAUCAUGAGGAAUUUCAUCAACCACUGGGUGUACUGGGUGGGGCCUAUGAUUGGUGGCGCUAUGGGUGCCAUCCUGUACGAUUUCAUGCUGUUUCCCCGUAUGCGGGGUCUCUCCGAGAGGCUAGCCACUCUCAAGGGCAGCCGACCCCCAGAGGCCGCGAACCAGCAGGACACCCGCGGGGAGCCCAUCGAGCUGAAGACUCAAACCCUAUAAACCUGCUAAGAACCUGUGGACCGAAAUCUGGCUCUACCUCACUGGACCAUCUCGCCGCCUCAAGCAACAGUCAAUACGCCUCAGUCAAUAAAAUCCUGC